GUAGUUUUAGAUAAGCCAGAUAUUUGUGUCUACAUAGCAGACGAUAAGAUUUUUCACAGUGUGAUUUUUCUAAUUCAAAAUAUUUGACACUACUGUUGAUGUGCCUAGAAGUGUACAAUUUUAAGAAGUGUUUUGUGAAAAGUGAGGAAUGGCCGAUCUAUCUACCAAAGACGAACUACAUUCUUGGAUUCAGCGUUCCAUAGGUGCCGAAAACUUCACUUAUACUGUUGAAAGUACGACCCAAAAAGGAGAAGGUUACAUAGGGGAAUUAUUUUUUGUUAAAGUUGAUUUACAACAACCCAUUAACGGAAAAGACGUUCUUUAUCUGGUUGUAAAAACGAACAAGAAGAAUUCUGGAUCAGAAAAAUGUAACGUAGAAUGAAGUAAACACUUCUGUUGU